CCUAAUCGGGAUACUUUUGAAAUCAUCGGUAUUUAGUAUUCACCGAUAAUUGGGUUAUAGAGGAUAUGCCUAGUGACCAAAACAAGAACGUAGACUACGGAAACGAAAGUUCCUUCCAACAAGCAAUGAUGUCAAAAAAGACUGAAGAAUAUGGUCCAGCUUAUUCAGUGCUAGCAUUGUUGGCAUUGAAAUAUUUUGAACGUCUGCUACGAAUUUUUGAAACAAAUCCAGAGAUCAAGAAAACACUUAGAGGUCGUGCAAAACAGAUUUUAUGCGGUGCUGCGGGUACUGGUAUUGGUGUUAUUUUUGUUGGACCAGUAGGGGCUGUAGUGGGUGGAGUUGUUGGUGCAUUGAUAGGCGGGAAAAUAGCUGAUGACUAUACCCCACUGAUGAAAGUAUUACGAAAUCUCAGUGACUCCGAAAAACAACGUUUGGUGAAGGAAGUACAAAAUCUUGUUAGUAGCGCACUCAUAGAAGCUGUUGAAGAUUUUGUAACAUCCAGGACAAACUGUGAGCUGUUGGUUAACUGUGUACGAUCAUUCUUAAAAACGAUAAAAAAAUAGGCUAGUACAUAUGAUUCCAUGAUUUUCAUGCAAUUUGACUGUUGUUUUUUUAUCAUUAAGUUUUUGUUAGAAAUAUUUUCCAUAAAAACUGAAGGAGAGUAAAGUUUAAUAUAUAUACAUAUAUUCAAUACUGAAUGUCUGUUUUUAGCUAAAUAUUUUGAAAAGAAGAAGUAACUAAA